GUAGCGUGAUCAAACAAUCCUGACCACUCCAUCACCAUGAACUGGCUAAAAUCUACCUUAGCCACUGUCGCUGGUACCCAAGAGCCCAUCUAUGGCCCCGCUGCGAUCCAGUCUGUCGCAGAACAAACAAAGACAGCUCCCUAUUCGGAGCUGAAAAAGGAUGACAUGAAAUGGAAAGCUAUGCAGUCCACUUGUGUGGAGACUCAAACGUUCUAUAUUACGUCCGACCAAGGUGAUCAGGCAAUGGUCCAAGUGAUCUACAGCAAUGUCGCCGGUCUUCAUACGACAUGCCAUCUCAACACCAAGAUUUACUCCACAGACCCCCAGAUCCCGCACAAGUGGUACUCCGAUACCAUCCACAAUCACAUCUUUGACGAGGAUAUGCUGUCAUUCGGCGGCGACAAUGUUGCAAUAACCCUCAGUGAGGACGGUACUUCUUACACCAUCAAGUCCGCCCUCAAUGAGAAUAGCCUUGUCAAUCUCACCAUGACCCGUGUGGCCCCAGGCUUUGUCGCCGGGACCAAUGGUACAUCGAAUUUUGGUACCGACCCCGAACGACCCUGGGGUAGCAUGCGUCACUCUUUCUGGCCUCGAUGCAAAGUCGAAGGGACCAUUAUAACCCCGGAGCGGGAAAUAAACUGUAGUGGAAGGGGAUUUUUCGUGCAUGCAUUGCAGGGAAUGAAACCCCAUCAUCUCGCUGCGAGAUGGAACUUUGCCAACUUCCAAAGCCCCACAUAUUCUGCCAUCAUCAUGGAGUAUACCACUCCCCCAUCCUAUGGAUCGACCGUCGUCAAUGUUGGCGGCAUCGCGAAAGACGGGGAAAUCAUAUAUGCAGGGACUUCGAAUACGGCAUCGCAUGGGGAGAUCGUCAAGGACUCGGAAAAUGACUGGCCAGAGCCAAAGACUAUCAAAUUUACAUGGUCUGGCCAAAACAAGGACGACAAGGAAGUUAGUGCCGUCCUUGAAGGCCCCCUUGGACAGAGGCUUGAUAGAGUCGAUGUCAUGGCAGAAGUCCCUGGUUUCAUUAAGUCAAUUGUUGGCAGUGUUGCAGGGACAAGACCCUAUAUCUACCAGUAUUCUCCUCAGGAGAAGCUGAGUCUGAAACUCCGUGUUGGAGAUGCGGAGAUCACCGAAGAAGGGACUCUUUAUUCCGAAGCAACCUUUAUAUCUUAGAAGACUUAGAGACCGGCUUGGCUCUAUCCUUUUGGCUGGUUGGAUUGGCGUUAGAGUUGUCUUUUGGCAUGUCUGAACGAGACAAUCCGUUCGCUUUUUAUCAUUAUUAGAACAAUUUUAAUCCUAGUGAAA